AUGUCCGUCGACCUGCUCAUCCAGCUGCACGAGCAGUGCAAGGGCCUCCUCGCCAAGUCCGACGGCAAGGACAAGACGAUCGCCCUGCUCCAAUACGCCGCGAUGUUCGCGAGCGGCGGCGAGCCCGGCACCGCGCUCGCGGUGCAGAAAUCCCUGGCCGCCGCGCGCAAGCCCUUCCGGCUGUACAAGCCCGUCGAGAUCCUCGUCCCCUUCCUCAGGUCCCCGCCCGACUUUGCCGCCAACGCCGCCAACGCCGCGGUCGAGUACGCCAAGAACAUCGGGAUGGCGAUCUACUUUGGCUGCGACCACGUCGUCUGGGCGCACGCCGCCGGCGUCGUCAAGGACGCUUCACUCGCCAAGAACAUGCAGAAGCUCUCGCUCUGGGGCUGGUUCAUCGCGUCGUGCGCGGGGCUGUACGCGCAAACCGGCGACCUCACCGACGCGCUGGACGACAUGACGGAUGCCAACAGGGAGGAGAGCGAAGCAGUCGCCGCGGGCGACGGCGUGGCGGUCGCGUCGGCGUCGGCGAGGAAGAGGGACGCCGCGCGCGUGGCGAGGGGCGUGAUGGCCGGGGUGGUGACCAACGGCGCCCAGGCGCUGCUCGCGCUCGCGCUGCUCGAGAAGGUUUCGAUGUCGAAGAAGCAAACCGGAGCGCUCGGCGUGUUCCUCAGCGCAAUGAACGUGUACAAACUGACGCCGCCGAUGAAGAGGAAGACGGCGUGA